AAUCAACGAGCUUUACAUAGGUAUUACUUAUAGGCAUUGUAUAAGUUAACAUAAUUAUCUCGUGAUUGGAUUUAAAUGGGAAUUGUGUGUGGCUUCCUGACAUCCAGAAGUGUGUGGGCGGGGUGCGAAGUUUACUCACCUCAGUCAUAUGAUCGGUAGCACUGUUUAAAUAUCACAUCCAAAGGACAACUUGGGCCAGGUGUCAUCUGAAAGCUCUGACUGCCGCAUUGUUUCGCAGCUACUCAGCGAGUUCCUGUUGACGAGGGAUUAUUUGGAGCCGGUGUGAAUAAUGGCGAUCCGCGAAGUUUGCGUCCUGCUGCUGCCUCUCCUUGCCCUCGCAUACGCAGAGCAUGUGAAAUUUCUGGAUUGUGGUUCAGAGGUGGGUCGUGUGGUUCUGGUGGACAUUCACCCCUGUCCCAAGCAGCCCUGCCAGCUGCACAAAGGCCAGUCCUACGCCGUUAACGUCACCUUCAACAGCGAGGUGUCGAGUCAGACCAGCAAGGCGGUCGUGCACGGCGUGAUUGCGGGUGUGCCCGUCCCCUUCCCCAUCCCCAUCGAGGACGGCUGCGAAUGUGGCAUCUCCUGCCCCAUCCAGAAGCAGGCCAUUUACAACUACGUCAACCAGCUGCCUGUGAAGACAGAGUACCCCAGGCUCAAGCUGGUGGUUGAGUGGGAGCUGAGGGACGACAACAACAAGGACCUGUUCUGCAUAAAGUUCCCCGUGCAGAUCGUCAGCUGAGGCCACGGAACGCGCGGAACGUUUGGUUUGGGAGACUGAAGGGCUCACAGUUUUGUACGAUCAGAUAUUUUAAAAUUUCAGCUCUUAAUUUUUAUUUUUCACUCGUAGAUUUUAACAGAAUCCUUCUUUACAUUGUGUUGAUUAUGGUGAUGUAACUGAUGACAUGUUACUGUUUGCACACAUUCUUGCUGCCAAUCCGGAGUGCUUGAUCCUCAGUGACGUGUGUGUGGUGUCGUUGUUGGAAUCAAUGCACUCUUGUUCACUAGUCUGUUGGUCCUGAAUUUUAAUGGCUGUAUGUUUAGUUUGUUUGUUUGUUUCUCUGACUGCUGUGUAGUCAGCAUCAUCACGAGGACGUGUGUCUGAAAACCCUGCCACUCUGUUUUAAUUAAGACUUUUUACUUCCAUUUAAUAAAGAAUUCUGCUACUUUUGAA